AUGAGUGAACGUGGUCAAUGUAGGCGUCCCCCCGACAAAACCGAAGCAUGGAUUCUUGGUAGUGGAAUUGCGCCUUUAGCGUCGGCAUUAUACUUGGUGCAGUUCGCCAAUGUACCUGCAUCCCAGGUGCAUGUUUUGGACUCUCAUAUUUCAAUGGGACAAGUCUUGCAUAACAACGGUGAUCCCAUUCAUGGGUAUGAUCAGUUUGCAGGAUGCUUACCUGUUCCGGUCGGAAAGCCUUUAACGGAGCUCCUUUCCAUGGUGCCUUCAGUGACCCGUUUGGGGCAUUCAGUGAUGGAUGAUAUCAAAUCCGCGGAGAAGGGGCGUAUAAAGCAGACGGCAAGUCGGACGCGGUUUUUAGUCCAAAGGAACAACGCUUUGCAUGAUAUUCAUACAAAAUCGCUGAAUUUGAAUCCUAAGCAUCGCAUGGAAUUGAUCUUACUUAUGUUGAAGGGAGAGAAACGUCUGGGGAGAAAUCAAAUCCGAGACUUUUUACCUACCUCAUUUUUCCAAAGCACAUUCUGGACCAUCUGGUCUACUCAGUUUGGGUUUCAGCCAUGGCACAGCGCAAUUGAAUUCAGACGCGCUAUUCGUCAACAUCUCAGCGGUUUCCACAGUUUAAGUAUUUUGAACUGUCUGGAUAUUACCGGAUAUUAUCAGCAAGACUCAGUAUUCCUGCCUAUCUUUCUGCACCUCCAGAGCCUGGGUGUAGACUUCCAUUUCGACACAACAAUCACAGACAUAGUAUCGACGGUUCGAGAUGGCCAGGAAACAAUCUCACAACUUCGUAUGAUUCGAAACGGAUUCCCGAUGCAGCAAAAAAUAAGCGACGAUGAUAUCGUGUUCAUAACGCCAGGUUCUACCGUCUCAGGCAUGACAAGAGGGACGAACGAUCAUCCUCCAGGUCGUCAUUCACUUGAGCCUCACGACGAGCUGGAUGAGAACUGGGCGAUAUGGCUAGAAAUUGGAACCCGGAAUGACAUAUUGGGGAACCCAUACAACUUCUGCACCCGCGAAUCAGAAUCGCUCUUGGAAUCUUUCACAAUCACAACAUCCGAUCCUGGUCUUAUUGAAUAUAUAGACCUUCACACACACAACGAAACCGAGGCUGGAUCUAUCAUUUCCCUCGAUGAGAGCCCGUGGAAAUUAAGUUGCUGUAUACCAACACAGCCGGUCUUCGUCCAUCAGCCGGCAAAUGUUCGCAUUUUUUGGGGCUUCGCUCUCUUCGCGAGACGUCAGGGGGAUUAUGUCCGGAAGCCGAUGUAUGAUUGUUCAGGGGCAGAGAUCACGAAGGAAUUGUUGGGGCAUUUACACUUUGCUUCUCAACCUUCGAAAACUACGACUAUUCCUCGCGUUAUGCCGCGGAUGACUGCCAUGUUGCUCAUCCGUUCACUCAAUGAUCGUCCGCAGGUUAUACCGCCGAGUAUCUCCAAUCUUGCCUUAAUUGGACAAUUCGUGGAAAUUCCUCAUUAUAGCUGUGUUGAUACUAGCUACAGUGUACGCACUGCGCAGUUGGCCGUAUCUCGACUGAUGGGCCUUGAUCUCCGUUUUGAACAGAAGAAAUCGUCGAUUUUGGAUCUACUUAGGAUUUUGUUAUGGAAGUGA